UAAAUCGAUAAAUUCUUGAAACAUAAGCCAUGAUUUCAAUAUUUCAAUUCAACAGUCAUUCUAUUUGAUAAUUGCAAUUCAGAUAAAGGUAAUAAUGCCAUCUGAAAUACCGAAUUGCAUCAUUCGUGCAAUGAAUUUGUACGAUAAUGAUGACAUUCUGGCUUUGUGUCAUGAUGCCUUUAUGUAUUUGGGUGAUCAAGUGAAUGUGACUAUGAUGAAAAUCGAUCACAAUUGUCUUCAUGUUGCUGAAGAUAUUGAUAGCGGAAAAGUCAUCGGUGUUUGCAGUGGAUUUAACAUAAAUACUAAAUGUGCUACGUUUGGUGAAUAUUCUAUUGCGCCUCGAUAUCGACGUUUCGGUAUUGGAAAUCUUUUAUGGAGCCGAUGUAUCGCACAUUGUUCAAAUCGUAAUUGUGGAAUUUUGGCAUCACCAAAAAAUGUUUUCAAAUACCGAGAAAAAUCCGGCUUUUGUGUGAUACCGUCACGUAAAUUGGUACAAUAUUGUGGUUAUCCUCAUUUAUUUAUGCUAAACAAAUAUCAUGAAGAUUGUGAUUUCGAAUGGAUUAAUGUUUACAACCUACCCGAUGUGAUCGCUUAUGAUGAACAAGUUUGUGGAUUCAAUCGUACACAGUUUAUUCAAUAUUCAAUUGGAGAAUCUAGUUCGGUCGGUAUGAUGGCUAGAGAUAUUCACAGUGGUAAAGUCAUGGGCUAUGGUAUAUUUCGUCGAUCGAAUCAAUUUUCAACAAUUAUUCCGCAACCAUUGUAUGCAACUUCGGUUGAAAUAGCUGAAGCAUUAAUGUAUAAUGCUUUACAAAAAUUUGCUGGAUUCGAUAAAGUUUUCAUGGAAUGUUGGGAUAUCAAUAAGGAAGCGACAACAUUAGCUUCGCAAAAACUUGGAUUAGAAAAUAUUAAAACAUUAAAUAUUAUGUUUACCGAAUAUGAUAUUCAAGCCAAUUUUGGUAAUAUCAUCUGUAAUAGUCCUUCUCAAUUUUAUCCUUUUUAAAGUUUGUAGAUUGAUCAUUAAU